AAGCAUAUUUUUCAUUGUCAACGAAAAAUCCAACGAAGCAAUUUUAUUUUGAAUUUCACAAGUCACACGGCCACUCUCAACUCCGGGACAUAGUACAUGUUGUCCACCCCCUUCCCCUGUAAACAACUACAGAGAGAUCAGACAAGAAAUACGAGGUGCCACUUUUUUUAGUCAGACGAGGGACUAAUAAGAAAGAAUAAGGAAGAAAACAAAUGAAGAGGCGACUCUUUAACAAAAUCACUGUAGUUUAGGAGUUUACACCGUAAAUAUCAAGUAGCUGCUUAAAUGAAAAUACAAGGCCACGGUUUUGACGGAACCAUUACUUUUUUAACUAUUUGGAAUGACGUUGACAUAUGUCAGAAUAUAAAAGACAAGAAGAAAGAAGAAAUGUUUUGUAUUUGUAUUUUGACCAUUUGAAGAAUAGGCUAUGUUUUCUAUUUUGCCUCGCUUGAAUACAAAAAUGCUAUUAUUUUUUGGUAAUAGAUAAAAUUCAUUAUUACCUUAUUUUUAUCAAGCAUUUAAUAACAAUAAUCUAAAAUAGGCAAAGCAUAAUCAUUCAACAUGGAAAUAACUUGUUCAAAUUUCAAAGAGAAUUUACCCGAAAUACAAAAAGCUAUAGAAAAUAGUUUAUUUGUAAGCAUUGAUUGUGAAUUUUCAGGUUUAAAUAUCGUUCGCAAUAUCAAUGCUUUUGAUACUCCAAAAGAAUAUUAUAAGAAGAUGAGAACUAAUUGUAAGGACUUUUUAGUUAUGCAGUAUGGUUUAAGCACAUUUAGAUAUAAUCAAGAAGAAAAUAACUUUAUACAAAGUAGUUAUAAUUUUUAUAUAUUUAGAAGACCUAUUAACAGAAAUAUACCAGACAAUAGAUUCCUUUGUCAAUCUUCAAGCAUUGAUUUCCUUAUUAGCCAUUCUUUUGAUUUUAACAAACUGUUCAAAGAAGGUUUACCUUACUUAAAUCAAAUAGAGACUGAUAAAUAUAAGGAUAAUGUUGAUCAAGCUUACCAAAAAGCAUUAGAAAUUAUUGAAAGUAAUGCAAAUGAAGUUGAGCCAGAUAUUAUACCAAUUCCAGAAAACGCUCAGCAAUUUAUGGAAGAUGUCAAACAACAAAUAGAAGUUUUUCUAAAAACCGAAGAAACAGAAAUGCAACUGCCUAAGUGUAAUGCAUUUUUUAGAAGAUUAGUGUAUCAAAUAAAAGAAUCCGAAUAUUUUGGUAAAAUUUCUGUAGAAACUAGACAAAUUGAAAAAGAUAGGGUAUUAUUUGUAACAAAACUAAAAUCUCCCGAAGAAGAAAAACAACUUGCAAAGAAAAAAUAUGAGGAACAGAAACAGGAAUUGGAUGAUUUCAUUGGAUUUACUAAGGUUUUAAAAAUUAUAAUAGAGUCGGGUAAACUGGUCAUAGGUCACAAUUUAUGCUUGGAUUUUUUUCAUACAGUUGAUAAGUUUUUAAUGCCUUUACCUGAAUCAUAUGAAGAAUUUAAACAAAUGAGUCAUUCAUUGUUUUCCAGGGUAUUAGAUACCAAAUAUAUGUCUAGCAACGAACCUUUUAAAGAACUUAUUUCUUCAACUGUUUUAGGACAGUUGUUAGAAAUAGUGUCGAAGAAACCAUUUGGACUUCCAGAAAUAGUAAUUGAAGAGCCAAGUAAGGGUUAUACUACUGACUGCAGCAAAGAACAUGAGGCUGGUUAUGAUGCUUUUAUUACUGGUUUGUGCUUUUUGGGAAUGUGGAAACAUCUAGGAUUACUUGAUAAUAGAUCAGAUUGUAAAACUUUUCAAAAUAUGGACCUCUUAGAACCUUACAUGAACAGGUUAUUUUUAAUGACUUUAACGGAUAGUCAGUAUAUACACUUAUCUGGCGAAGAUUUGCAGCCAUCUAGGGAUCACGUGUUUCAUCUUACCUUUCCAAAAGAGUGGAAAUUAAGUAACGUACAGCAAUUGUUUAGUCCUUUUGGUAACAUUUAUGUGUCCUGGAUUGACGAAACAUCAGCAUAUAUCGCUCUAUAUAAAAAGGAUCAGGCAAAAAUGGCCUACACAACACUCAGAAAUGGCGAUGGUUAUUCUUUAAAAACUUUUGCUGCACGACAAGUACAGUUAUCGGUAGAAAAUGGUCUUCGUAUAACGUCUCCUACUCCUUCUAAAAAGAGAAAAAGCUCUGAUUCCCCCGCGCACGUUAAAAGCAAAAGGGUGGACAAUUCUGCAAUAAACAGUGCUCUAUCCAAAAUGACAAUUCAGCCAGAAACAAUGGUAGUAGAAAGAGAAGACAAUGCAAAAAGUAAAGUUUUUCAAGAAGAUGAUAAUUGGACUUGAAGAAAAUAAAAAACACUUUUCUAUUUUUUAUUUAAAAAUAAUAUAAAAACUGUUUAUGUUCUUAUUAUUUUAUUCCCAAAAGAGGGUUUUCUUUGCAUUUGGAAAUAAAAUACGGGUAAUUUUCAAAGCUUGGUGG